CGGGCAGUAAACAGUGCAACACCCAUAACGCUAACGUCACUUUCCCCUAAUAUGCGCCGCCAAACCACACAAAAUAUUUGCCUAAAUAAUUACGUCCUGUCAGGAAUAUAAAUUUGACGUGGACAUAUUUUAUAAGGUGUAACUGACCCCACGAUCAAGUAUUUUAUAUGUUGUCUUGUCGCAGUGGGACAAUCGGACAGUAAAUUUUGCAACACUUUGCAUCAGUGACGUCACAUCAGUGAUGCCUGUUAAGCAAUACAAACUAUUUGGCUAAACGGGAAGGACUGACAAGAAUGGUAUCAUUUAUUUUAUUUUUUGGAGAAGAGACUUGAUGGGAAAAUCGUCAAAUAUUUAAAUGUUAUCUAAAAUAUUGUCGUGGUAAGUCAAUCCGUUCUCUCAAACCGGCGCUUUUGGUUUUUGUCGUUGCAAAUUAUUUUUUUCCUCCUGGAAUUAAUAUGAUGAAAACAGUGUUGAGAAUAUAUAAAAUAUUGACUCAAUGGUAAAACUAUAGAUAUCUGUAAAAGGGUCAAACAGUGGGUAUAGGCAGAUUAACUCUAUCAGCGCAGUUUCAAGUCGGACAGUGAACAAUUUUGAAUCAGAAUCAGAAUCAGAAUCAGAAAUGGUUUUUGAAAUUUGAAUUUUGAAAUUUGAAAUUUGAAAUGGUUCAAUUGACUCGAUGGUGAAGCGCUCAACGAUAGAAGCUCCCCAACAACACGGAAUAUUUGGCCGUUUGACCCACAAGAAUAUUACACCCCCCAGAAAAAAAUUAACACAAUAAAUAAUAAUAAUUCAAAUAAAAAUAAAUGAAUCUGACAACUGACUUUCACGUCGGACACUAUACAGUGCUACACUACAUAAGUGACGGCAUUUCCGUGAUAAACAUACGCAGCCGAACGAGGCGAGAUCUUUUGUUUACGUCGCGAAAAUAAUGUUGUAAAUGUUUUAACACGGUUUAGCUAAGUAAAAAAAAAAAACGCAAACAGCGUCGUGCGCAUGUAGCAGGUAUAACCGAAAGCUAAAGCUCGGUUAUCAGCUCCCAAAAUGAGCCGCAACGCUCCCAUCCACAUCUGGCCCGGCUCCUACUACCUCACCUCGGACAAGAGGUGGGAGAACGGCACGCUGUCCUUGAGCAGAACCGCGGUGCGUUUCGUCUCCAACCAAACCAAGGAGACCCUCGCCAGCUUCCGUCUCUCCCGCAUCACGGAGAUCAAAAUGGAAUCGUCCAGCUUCAUCUUCAGCACCCUGACGGUGCUGGAGGAGGGCAACGUGAAGCACUGGUUCGGCUCCCUCAAGCCCAACCGGGUGGUGGUGUACAACGUGAUGGAGCACUUCUGGAGAGAGCGCCUGCUGUCGCCCACCGACUCGGAGGCCAAGGGUGGGGCCCCCGGGAGGGAGCACUCCAAGGGCCGGGAGCUCAUCAACCUCGUCGCCGGGGCCCAAAGACGACUGGAGGACACCGGAAGGGUCCUCAGCCACCAGGGAGAGCAGUUUGACAGCAUGAUGCAGGACCUGGAGAAGAUGGACUCGGACCUGGGAAUGGCUGAUAAACUUUUGUCAGAGCUGGAGUCUCCUACCUGGUGGCCCUUUAGUAAACUCCCAUGGAAGAUUCUGCAGGAAGCCAAGGCGGAAGACGCGGCUCGGGCUGCUGCCGCCGCAUCCAGAGCGUCCGCCCGGAGCAAAGUGAUCAUUAGCAUCCCGGCCGUGGUGUCCAAAGACGGCGACGGCGACGGCGACCUGCAGCCCGGCUGCCUGCUGGUGCUGCCGUCCUCCCUGGAGGUGCGCGACGCCGCCUGCCGCCUGCUGCGCAGCUUCGAGCGCGGCGAUGUGGACGAGAUCCGCGUGCACAGCCCGUACGAGAUCACGGUGGGGCGGCGCUUCAUCGGCAGGCCCGACGUCCGCUGCCGGCUGCUGUCGGCCAAGAUGCCCGAGGCGCUGGCCGUGCUGGAGUUGCAGUACAAGAAGAAGGUGGAGUUCACCGCGGAGUACGCCGCCUUCAGGGCCACGGCCGCCUCGUCGCCGUGCGACGCGCAGGCGGCCGUUGUACACGACGGUUUGCUGCACGGGUGCCAGGAGACGGAGGUCCCCAUGGAGGUCCCGGCGGGGGAGCUGUCCCAGCUGCAGGUGCACGUCCUCCAGCCCGCCGUGAGCCAGACCGAAGCCCAGGAGCUCAAGCAGAUGCUGGUCCAGCUGAAGAGCCUGGCCCUGGAGGCCGAGACGGAGCUGGAACGUCAGGACGAGGCGCUCAACGUCCUGACCAACUCCGCCGAUCAAGCCUCCAUGACCAUCGGGAAGCACACCUGCCGCAUGAAGAGGCUGCUGUAAACAGACGGGCGGGCGCUCACACGGUCCGUUGGGGCACUUCCAGAGACAUGAAAGAUUGACGAGAAACUGUUAGCACUUUGGAUGACUUUGCGUUUGGUAUUUUAUUUGAUCCUUUACAGUAACUAUUGCUAACUAUUUUUACAGGUUUGUCUAAAUAUGCAAUGGAUACAAAACGAUUGCAAUUAUUAUACAUUUUAGUAAUGAUCAUUUUAAGAUUGUCAUUAACAAAACGUACAAAAUACAGACAAUUAUUAUGGGAUUGGGUCCUCACUUUUACUGUAAAGUUAAAAACCUACUUUAAAAAUAUUGCUUUCGAAUCUUGUACUGUUUUAAAUAUAUGUAUUCAUUGUUUAUUUUUAGUUUGGGCAUUGCAUCCACAAUUCCUCCGAAAUCGUUGGGACUAUCGGCUUGUUCCGGUCAAGGGUCGAUGAUUUUUAAGGUAUCCAUUUUAAUCAGGAUCGCUCAAGGGUGUGUCGGGAAGUGCACAGCUCUAUACAAUACAGCUAGGGUAGCAUUUUGAGCUCAUUUCGCAAAACACACUCGAUUGGGGCGCACAAGCUCAAGCUGAUGAUCCUUGAUGCACAAAGCACGCUUGCGCUAGGAGACAAAAGUGCAUGCUCCACUGAGAACACAUCUUUCUGCUUGCAAAGACCUACAGCCAUGUGUUGCACUACAUAUAGUAAGACUAUUUCCUUAAAAUCGUCAAAGCUGUCAAAUAUGUGAAGGACUGACAUGCGCAUAGUAAUUAAUGUACGUAUUUGUUGUCGGUUAUCACUGUGUUUUUAUCCGUGUCAUGUCCAAACAAAUGAAUUGCACGAGCAAUGUGAAGCGGCAUUGAGUGUCGAAUCUCCACAAUUAAAAGUAUGAAUAACACAAAUAAAGCAUCAUCAUCAUCAUCAUCA